AUGUCCCGCCAACUCAUCUCCAGUGACAAAUUCCCUCCCAAGCCCCACAACUGCCCUGCUACCAAAGUCCCGGGCCUCGUCUUCCUCGCCGGCCAAACAGCCACUGGCGAGAUCAAGCAAGCCACGCGCACCGUCCUCCAAAACCUCAAAGAAGUACUCGAGCUCUCCGGGUCUUCGCUAGAACAGGUGGUCAAGUACAAUGUGUACCUGGCAGACAUGAAGGACUUUGCUGCCAUGAACGAGGUGUAUAUUGACUUCCUUCCCAAGCCCAUGCCGUCGCGCUCGUGCUUGCAGGCUGUUCCGCCUGGCGACGGGACGGUUAUUGAGAUUGAAUGUAUUGCGCAGGCUUAG